UGUUCCUUCACACAGGGCGAGGCUCACCGACACCAACUCUGUAUCAUGGACAUAUCGGAUAGUACUGAUUCUGGAACUCAGCUGGAUCUAACAGCCACCCCGCCACUCCCUGCACCGAUGACGACGCGCGCCCUACAGCCUCGUGUUUCUGCAGUGCGAAACACUGGCCGAGCACGCUCUCGAGCUUCUUGCUCUAGUUCAUCCUACUCAGGGAAUACUUCUGCAUCGAGAGAUGAUAGCGCUUCACGCUCGAAGCAGGGUAGCGCUUCCGGAUCUCGUGGAAGUAGUGUUGCGGACUUGCGGUCCGAAAGUGCCGGCGACGGUAGAGAUGCGAGUACCUAUGAUAUCACCCUAGAGCCAGAGAGACACUCCCAUGCAUUUCAUCCACGACUCGCAACUAUGUAUGAUGCGCUCGAAGCAUAUGUAGAGGCCGAGCCUUCUGUUGCUGUUACCCCCGACGAGGCUGGCGGUUCUGGAGCCGGAGUAGGCGAGGGUACCAGCUCUCAAGCGUCUGGGAAGAGAAAGCAGGAGCAAAUGGACCAUGGUGGCGACGGAGGACCUAGCAAGAAAACGAAGCUCGAAACUGCGGAGACAGAUAAAAGUCAUUUGGAUGCACCCGGCUGGAUGGAUUCUCCCCGAAGUGACAACAGCUUCAUGAACUUUCAAAGUCAUUUGGGUUGGAAUGCACUCCCCUCACAUGGGGAGGGAAGUGAAUCUCAUCCACCGUCGAAUACCGAUGCUGGCGAUGGCCGAUACUCUGAGAUGGACCACUUCGGCUCUAUGUCUCCGCU